AUGGAAGGGUUGAAUCAGUUCCGCGUGGCUAAGUCUCUGAAAGCAUUAAAGCCAGCUCUCUGGAAGCUAAAUAGAACACACUUCAGUGGGAUCUCUCAACGAGUUAAAGAGGAACAAAAACUUGAUAUUCUUCAGAGAGCCAUCCUCACCAACCCUACUGAUCAGUUGGCUAGAGAGGAGCGUCGUGUGCGAGAGAAAUGGAAGUUUCUGAGUAAUGCAGAGGAGAAGUUUUUCAGGCAGAGAUCGCGGAUAAAAUGGGCUCAUCUUGGGGACAGAAACACAGCAUUCUUCCACAAAAUAGUCAUCGCAAGAACUAACAAGAACCAUAUCCAUUUUCUUCAUGACCAAAGUGGAAGAAGAAUCAAUGAAAGUACAGAGCUUAAGGAACAUGCCGCAUGUUAUUUUGAGAAAAUCCUUGGCUCAACGGAUUUGCCACACUCUCCUUGUUCUAUUGAAGCCCUUGAGGAACUCCUUUCAUUUCACUGCUCAGAGGUGCACAAGCAUAGCCUAGCAAGAGAUGUAACGGAGGAGGAGAUCCAAACCACUGUUUUUGCUCUUCCCUUAAACAAGUGCCCAGGUCCUGAUGGGUAUUAUGUGGAGUUCUUUAGAGCUUCUUGUUGUGUUGUGGGAUCUGAUGUGGUAGCGGCUGUAACACCCCCGACCCGUUCUAGGCCAAGAACAGACCAAAAGCAUCACGUAUACAACGCCCGCAGCCGGCCGACCAAGGUUCCCGGAACACAUUCGAUCGCCCAAGCCAUCCAACCACAGAUGCCCGUUCCUCGCGAAUCAUGGCCUAAGGCUUUGCAACCCGUACCGUGA